AUGGAUCUCAACCUCAUCAUCAACGUAGCCGACGACGAGGCUUCCCGCAACGACACGGUUCAUCGCGUCAGCAGCCAGGAGCCUUCCGGCAAGUCCAGCUGCAGCGAGGCCAGCAGCGAGGCCAGCAGCGAGACCAGCAGCGACGAUGCGAACGACACGCCCACGAUUCCUACGCCGCCCACGCCUGGCGUUUUCGACAGCUACGAGAAAGUAUACGACUUUCUGCAGUCCUUUCAUCGCAACAACGGGGCCGGAAUCAUAAAGAGGACGAGCGGCAGGACAAGACACGACUUUGGCCAAGGCGAGCAACCCACUCGCAUCGUCUUCAUAUGCGACCGCGGCUUGCGCUACAUCUCCAAAUCUACCGGCCUCCGGAAGGUGACUUCCCAACGGACCGGCUGCCCGUAUUCGAUCACGGCGUUUGCCACCCAGAAAAUGGAAUGGAAGUGGUCGUAUCGGGUGACCAACGGUUCCCACAACCAUGGUCCGUCCCGCGAUCCGUCCGCUCACAACAUCCAUCGGCGACGUACAAAGGAGCAGAAGGAGAUUCAGCAAAUCAUUUCCAAGAGCAUAGGCACCGCGGCCCGCGACAUGGACUCCAUCAUUCGCGAGCAAUCAGAACAAGUAUAUACGUAUUUUCGCAUUCGGGACAUAUACAACGACCGCCAACGGAUCAAAAAAGACCUACGCAGGGACAGGAGCACGUCCUAG